AUGUCAUGUAGCUCUCCAUUAGACUGCUUCUGGCCCGAGUCGCGUAUGGAUGGUUUAGGUAGGGAUGCUCGUCAUUUCACCCCGAGGUCCCUCUUCGCACUGGCGGCCUCAGCCUUCCCGGGGGAUUUCUUUCCUGGCCCUGGGAUUGUCGCCGGCGCCGCCGCCGCCUCUGCCGGGCCCCCCGUUGGCCGGUCUUUUCCGCUGGGCGUUCCUGCCCAGGCACCUGCUCCCCUGGGUGUGGCUCACGGUCGCCUUGACCAGGUGAUCCAAGCUGCCAUCUGUCCGGAGCGGAAGGGCGGUGGCGACAUGCUGUCAGCGGUAGCCAGCAUCACCAAUACCUACGUAUCCAACGACCUGCAGGUGGUCAAGGUGUUUGUUUCCGUGUACAGCGACGACUACGGCAAGCGAGUCGCCAUGCAAAACUUGGCGCGCCUGGAGCCGUAUGUACGGGUUCUAAUUGGGCAACGUGUACGGCUCCGGCGGACGCCGGAGGUACGGUUUGUGUACGACGACAGUGAGGAGGAGGCGGACCUGGUGGUUCGGGUCUUGGGUCGCGCUGAGGUGGAGCGGUACCGCUCCGAAAUCGAGUCGGAGCUGGCGCCCAAUGUCGAGCCAGCGAGUGGUGUGUCGGAAGAGGACGGCAGGAAGGCAGCCGAGGAGGAGGAGGGCUUCGACGAAGAGGAGGAUGAGUUUGGGGAGGAUGGCGACGAGGACGAUGAGGACUUCUUCGAGGACCCUGAUGAGCUUCCCCAGGAAUACCCGGACCCGUUUGGGGAUCUGUUUGGUGACGUCAGCGGUGACACGCUUCUGCCGAGCCGGCGCUCCACCGAGCUCAAACCCGUGCCUGAAGGUGACGGCGGCAGUACCGCCGGCGACGGCACUGCGGCAUCUACGCCGUCACCUUUCACAAACAGCCUAGGCCCAGGCGAUGCUGUUCGCAAGGGCCGUGGUGGCAGCGGAGCAGGAAGGGCGGCUGCCGCCACCGCGGGAGCGCCCCCCGCUGGGGCCAGAGUCGCCUCUAGCUCCAGCGCAGCACCCGGCGAAGGCCCCUCCGCGGUGCAGUCCCGCAGCGACAUGCGACCAACGCUCUCGUCCCGGAGCCAGAACCACCCCCUUGGUCGGACCAGCUUGGUGAUGCGGCUGCAGCAGGGCGGCCGGCAGCUGAUCGAUCUGGGCCGGCUUCAGGCGGAUUGGCUGAGCAACACCGAGGUCAAGGGGCCGGAAGCACAAGGAUAUGUCAAUGAAGCGGACCAGGGCUUUGUCGCUCUGUUGGCACGUCACGUGGAGGUGCCCCCGGCGUCCUGGCAGAAGCUGCAGAAUGCACUGGGGGGUCAGGACGGCCACUACUGGCAGAGCUCCCAUGCUCCCGGGGAUUUCACCCGCACCUCCAACCUGCCGCAAGCGCGAGAGGGGCCCCAAGGGGGCGCGGAGACUGCUACGGCGGAGGAGGGCAGGGGCCUGGAGGCGGCGGGACAUAAACCCCGAAAUUCGAUUUUUGGCCUGCCCGUCAUCCAGCCGUACAACCUGUUCGCCGUACUAUGGACGAUGGUCAUUCUCUUCCUAGAUCUGACGUACACGGCUUUCUGGGUCCCCAUGAAUGUUGCGUUUUGUACGGCAGAGUACGGCAGGCUGUCAUCCGGAUGUACGACCAGCGACAUCGUAGGCGGGGCGCUGUACUUGGCAAACGUGCUGUUGUGCUUCCAGAUUGGUGUUGUUGCCACAAACGGCAUUCGGAAACGAACCGUGGUGGAUGGUCGUCUCGUAUCCUGGCUGUACAUCUGGCACGGCAGAUUCGUACUGGAUGCCGUAGCGUCCGUACCCAUGUUGUACUUGAUUGUCGUACUGGCGGGUCAGUCACAUUUUCGGCUGAACAAGGGCUGGGUCAACUGCUUGUCGCUGCUGAGGUUGUUGCGCAUGGUGGUGUACAUGGACUCUCUGUCAGGUCGUUUUCAGGACAGCUGGCUGGCGCGAGUGCUGUCCGUGACGGUGCUGUACUCCAUCUUCCUGGCGUACCAGCUGGCAGUGGCCAUCAACCUGUUCGCAUGCAUCAUGGUGCUGUGCGCGUACUUCGAGGGUUACGAGAACAGCUGGAUGACGGCGGUGGAUUGGGCACAUGUACCGGACGCGUCACCGCUCUACCAGUGGUACUGUGCCAUAUACUGGAUGAUCGUAACGGCCACUACGACGGGCUUUGGUGACUUCCAGCCUCGUAGCAUCGCAGAGCAGGUCGUUGCCAACGUGGCAAUGGUGGGAGGUAUGAUCAUGUUUGGUGUGUUGGUGGCAUCCAUCGGCCAGGCGCUGUCUCGAGCGACGAGGGAAGCGCACCAGGCUUACAGCGGCCGGCAGAAGGUGCUGCACGUCAUGGAGUGGGCUAAGAUCCGGAAACUGCCAGAGCACUUGCAAAACCGUGUGCAGAAUUUCUUCGCCGACAAGUACGGCGGCAAGGAGGAGGAGGCGCGGGACCACGUCAUGCUGGACGCGCUGCCCAGCAGGCUGAGAGCCAAGGUGGCGCUGUCCAUCUGCGGUCCCCUCCUGCGGGAGGUGCACAUCCUGUCGAACAUGCCCAGGAGCAUCCGGGACCUCCUUGCAGAGCACAUGCGACCGUUGCGGUUGCCGGCAGGUGAGGACCUUUGCCAGCAAGGCGACGUCGCCAGCUGUCUUUGGAUCCUGUACGAGGGCGUCAUUGAGGCUGUACGAUACAAGGAGGCCCCUGUACCGGUGUCAUCUAAGGGCCAGCCCCGGCUUUUGGGGGAGAGCAUUCUACUAGGGGAGGCUGUUGAGGCGUCCAGGAUCCGCCCGUGGACCAUUCGCACCAAGUCCCCUUGCCGGUUGUGGGGCAUAGCCCUUCGGGAGCUCUACCCGCUGAUGAGGAUGUACCCGUGUAUCGGCCAGAUGGCUGCGGAGUACGUCAAACACAAGGCGGUCACGAUGUUUCGCGAGGCCAUGAUUGAGGAGGGCCGCGGCCGGGAGUGGGCGGAAUCAAUCCGUCCCAACGAGUUGUGUCGUGACGAGGAGUGGUGCGAGGUCGCUGACGUCAUCAACCGAUACUUACUGUGCGCCCCCUACGACGAAGCAACGGAGAUCGUGGGGGCGCUGGCACAGGCCUCAGCACUGGACGGCUCCCUCCCAGCCCUCCUGGAGCAGCUACUGGCCCUCUGCGCCAUCCGCCGUGUUGCAGACCCCACAUCCACAUCGCGGCGAGACACCAACCCCCGCCUCCACUCCGUCGCGUCGCCGCCGCCCCCGCCGCCGCUGUCAUCGUCCGCGGGCGGUCUUGGCGGCGGCCUGGAUGCCAGCCCCGCCGCCGCCCUCGGUGGCGGCAGCAGCGGUCCUGUGGCUGAGAAUCCGCCCUCCCAGACAUCGCCGCCGCCACCAGGCCCCCAGCAGCAGCAACAGCAGCAGCAGCGGCCCAACCUCGGCGCAUCGGCGGCCGGUGCUCGCAUUAUCGCCGGGCCGCAAGCCGCCGCCGCUGCGAAUGCAUCCCCACUCUCCGCCGUAGUCCCCGCUUCCGGCGGCAGCGGCGGCAACGGCAGUGUCGUACAUUGCCCCGGCUGCCAGCGCUGCAUCUGCCCGAGCUGUGGUCAAGGUAUGGACGCGGCGCCGCCGGGGCCCCUAGCGGCGGCGGCGGCGGCGGCGCAGCCGCUAGCAGCGGCAACAACCGGUGGCGGUGCCGCUAUCUUCACACCCGCCGCCGGCAGGCCCGCCGGCUUGGCGCCUGGCAUGCUCGCUUGGGUGAACCGGCAGGCGACGUUGCGUCGAUCGGUGGGUGCAGAGGGGUUAGGAAAUGUUAAACGAUUGUGUUAUGUUGGAGGGGAGGGGAUGUUGGAGGGGGGCGGAGGAUUAGGUCAGAGUGGGUCGACGUGUGGGACCCGAGUAUGGAGGUGCCAGUCGGCUAGGCUCCUGUACCUGUGCACGACGGUGACAACCGACGACGACACCGCCGGCCACAUGUCCCUAACGGGUCGAUCGGAGGGACCACAAACGGGCGAACCACCCCACAGCGGAACGUUGGACGCGCUCAGCAGCGAGGCCACCAGCGGCGGGGAGCCCUCCGAGGAAGGUUUAAAACGCGCCAAUCUUAGCAGCAGCUGCGGCUGUAGCAACAGUCAAGUUUGCCAAUGCUGUUGCUGUUGCAGCUGUGGCGGUGACGCAACCCAUAUGAUCGACGGCGGCGCUGGUGGCGGUGAGGGAUGCAUCGGCAGCAGCGGCGGCGGCGCUGGUAGCCCAUGCUGCACCUGCGGCCGCCGGCACCGCGCGCGGCGUAACGGCAUCUUGUCCAUCCGCCGCCGCCGUAACGGCUUUCUCUCCAUUCGGCGUCGACGCAACGGCGUGCUGGCGGUGGAGGAGGACGGCGGGGACGGCUCCUGGGACGGCGCCGCAAAGCGGCCGGCGUCUGGUCUAGCAUGCCGAACUCAAGGACCGUUUGACGUGCCCGACGGCACAAGGUGUUGCUACUGCGCUGGCUGCUGCCGCGGCGGCGUCUUGAGUGACGGCGGUGAGGCCGAGGACGGCGGCGCCGCAGCUGACGGUGGUUCGCCGUGUUCUGCGACCCGCGGGCUGCUGUUAUCCGGCGGCGGCGGGGGAAUCAGGACGGAUCGCCUGGUUGGUGCCGUCCCGACGCUGCCGUCGCCGCAACAGAAGCCAACCGCACGGGAGUCCAGGCAGAGCGAUGAAGCGGCGGCCGCCAGGGUACCGCGCCGCGGCACCGUCCCGAUUAUGCUGCCUGGCCCCCCGCCGCCGUCACCGGCCCUACAACAACAACAACAACAACAACAACAACAACAACAACAACAACAACAACAAGACCAACAUCAACAACGACAACAGCUGCAGACGGUUGGAAGCCAUUCAAAACCGUACCCAAAUCCAGAUCUAAAUUCAAACCCAAAUCUGAUUUUAGUUUCAAACCCGAACGCGUGCAUUGUCCAGCAACGACUGGAGGAAGGACCCCCGGGGCGGAAGGGCGCUCUAGGCCCGACGUCGCCGCCACAGCAGCUACAGCAGCGGCAGCAGCAGCAAGAGGAGCAUGAGUUGCUUCAGGAGGGUUUGAGCUCUUGUCCCGUCGCAGAUGCUACAGCCGGGGAGGUGGGCGAGUACGGCGGCGCCGCCACAAGCGCCGUUGUCGAGAUAGGGUCACGUGGCGACAUUGGCGUGUACGACAUCUACAGCUACCCGCGGUCCUGCCUAAGCUCACCUGUCGUACGGCCGCAUCCCCCCGUUUUUGGAUCGUCAGUUAGUGGAAGAGUGUUGGCGCAACCGCAGCUUGGAAAGAGCACAUUUCCAGGCGCGGCGCAACAACUCAGCGUUCCCGGAAGCACGCAACCUGGCGGCGCUGUAUCGACGCCAUCCCUGUACCGGUACGACAUGGGAUCGCGAUGCAGCUCCCAGGGCGGGAGCGAUGCGGCCUUGGGAGUCGUCGUCACGAUUGCUGGCGGCGGCGGCGGCGGCGGAGGAGGAGCGGAAACGGCGCCGCCACCGUCGCCGCCACCGCCACGGCCGCCGCAGCACCACAGUCACCUGGAGUCAGGACCGGUCGUACGACAUGCUCCCGGCGCCGCCGCGACCGCUGUGAUCUGCAACCCCCGCGGAAGCGGCGGCGGCAGCAGCAGUAGCAGCAGCAGCUGUAGCACGGCCACGGCCACCAUGAUGAUCGGCACCCCGAACAGCAGUAGCAGCCACGUCGGUGGUGUGUUGGGGGCCCACCCUGCCGGCGGCAACCAAGUGGGGUCAUCUGGAAAGCCCCAUCGUCCCAGAUCCCCGCAGUUAGCGACAGCAAGUGCAGGUACGGCGACAGCCGGUACAGCGGCGUCAACAGCUACAGCGGCGGCGCCAGUAUUCAAGGCGAUAAGCCCCGGUGCCGCGAACGGCGCUGGGUUACUGAGGUUGUGUACCAAUCCAGAGCAGGCAGCACCCAAUCGGGCGGCACCCGCGGCAGGAGCGCCCGCAGGCAUCACCGCGGCUGCCUCAUCGCCGUACAUUUCGAGCCAAUCGUCGUACACGCCCGGCUACCACCGUAAGCUCAUGCCAUCAGCCAGCCAGUGCGAGCACCUCAGACAGCCCGAGUCCAUUACGGCAUAUCCCGCCGCUGCCGCCGCCGCGAGCAACGGCAGCGGCGGUGCUACGGUGGGGGCGUCGUCCGUCGCGACGCCCAGUAUCGCGUCUACGACUGCUGGCGCCGGCGCCACCGCCGCCGCCGCCGCCGCCGCCGCCACUGCGACCGUAUUGGUGGCCGCGCCGUGCAAAGUGUCGCAUAGGCCGCUGCCGCGGCGCGCACGCAGCCUCGCAACGCUGGCGGCGCCGCCGCACGUGCACCCCGCACGGCAGCCGCUGCCGGGGCCUGCACACGUUGGGUUGGCGGCCCACGUGUCGCUGCUGCCGCUGCUGCACUCGCCCUGCCAGAGCACUACAGCGGACUGGGCGGGUGGAGCGAUGCGUGCACGCGGACCUGGCAGCAGCCCCAAAGACAGGCCGCGUCGCAGCGUCAGCACAUUGACCGCCGUCGGUUACCAAAUAUCCCUGGAGCCGCCGCCGCUGGGUGCUGCUGCUGCCGCCGCCGCUGCUGCUGCCAGCUCUGCCGGCCGUCCCCAGGGCGCUCUGCAACUCGUAGGCGUCUUCGGCGUGGCGGUGGGAGCCCCGCCAGGCGGGAGCGGGUGGAUGGGGGCCAGCAGCAGCACCACCAGCGGCCCGCCGCCGCCGCCGCGGCCGCGCCGGCCUUCCUUGUGGUCCUCCGCCACGUCGUCGGCUGUGCCAGAAGUUGAGGUGGAGGACGGUGUGGGCGGCGGCGAUGACGUGAAUCAUGAUGCUAGUGUUGGGAAAGCGGAUGUUGCGGAGGAGCUGGGGAGCCGCCUGCACCCGCAGUUGUACGGGUUCGCUGACCGUGGCGCUCGGAGCGCCGCCAGCCCCAGCAACCUCGGCGGUAAUGGCGGUGGUGGUGGCGGUGGUGUUGGUGGUGAUAGCGGCGGUAGUGAGAUCCCGGUGCCUGAUUGGAGCGGUACGGCUUGCGGCGGCGGGGGCGCCAUUGAAGCGAUGCACCUCUCCCCGGGUGCUGAUCGGCAGCAGCAGCAACCGCGACAGCAGCCGUCGCCGUCGCCGCCGACGCAGCAACAGCUGCAGCAGCAGCAGUACCUUGCGGCUGUAACCGCUACAACCUUGGCCCCUCCACUGUCGUACAGGUCCAGCGGGGUCCCCCGGGCGCUCUCGGGUCCCGAACCGGUUAACGGGUACGGCAUCCGAGGCCCCGCUUUUGGCAGCUUAAUGGCGGCAGGCCCUGCCGCUGCCGCUGCCGCUGCUUCUUCUGUCGGCGGUGGUGCUGUCGGCGGCGGUAUGCACAGCACGCUCCCGCUCGCGACGACGCCUUCGACGCCGCCGUCGUCACAGCAGCACCAGCACCAGCAGCACCCCCGGAUGUCAGUAGCGGCGCCGUCGCCGCUGUCGCCGCGAGGCAACAGUACGGUCACGCAGGGCGCUAGGCUGAGCCGCUGGGUACAGCCGCUACGCCAGCUUAUGCGAUCCUCAGCUGGCAGCGGACAAUCCGCCAAAGCGCCGUCGCCGCCGUCGUCGCCGUCAACGUCUGACAUCUCACGGCAGCUAGACGGCAGGGCUGAUAGUGGUAGCGCUGGCAGCGGCGGCGGCGUAGCGUCGUCGCCGCCGCCGCCGCCGCCACCGCCGCUAUCACCUUCAGGGCCUGUUAACGAGCGCACGUUGAAGCACCGUCGGCCGUGGACCAGCGCAACGCCACCGCCGUUGGCAUCAGCGUCGGCAUCGGCGGCGGCAGCAGCGUCCGGCGGCGCAGCAGCGUCGCCGCGUCGGGAGCUGCAACAGCCGACUUCCAUCAGCCUGCCCCCCAUCUGGAACAGCAGUAGCAGUAGCAACCCGUCGUCACCACAAGUCACGGGGCCGCGAUAG